UUGGUUGACAUUUGACAGUUCACUGCACAACACGGAGACGGGAGACUGCAGCACGGCUACGCAACCUUUAAACUGCAGUGAAGAAAUCAUGCAAAAUUUAACUAAAUUUUAGUAGUAGGUAGUUAGCAAAUUUUAUAAAUGGAUUGGAUAUUAUCAGACGAAUUAUCCCUUACUGUUGGGACAGUUGUGGGUUGGAUUAGUGCGGGAGGUAUGAUAAUUGGUGGUGUAAUACCCUACAUCCCCCAAUACAGGCAAAUUAAAAGAACUCACGACGCUGAAGGGUUUUCAUUGCACGUUUGUUUAGCUUUACUUAUCGCAAACACCUUAAGGAUACUCUUUUGGUUCGGGAAGCAUUUCGAAUACCCUCUUCUUAUUCAAAGUUUAAUUAUGAACGUUAUGAUGUUCACCAUGAUACAUUUAUGUGUGCGUGUCAAAAAUAAAAACCAGCUACUGCAGGCACGCCAGCGAAUUUUUACAGCUAAACCCACUGAGGUGGUGCGAUUGCUUCGAUCCAAACCACCACGCUCUUCACAUACUAUCUGUGACUUUGAUCCAAAAUUCUUUUGGAACUGGUCGGAUUUCCAAUCGUACCUCGACUGCAUGCUGGUAUUUACUAUCCUAACGUCACUUCUAAUGUAUCUGCUUAUCGAUCAAUCGUAUUUCGUCGAACUCGUCGGAUUUUUGGCUGUGUUCACCGAGGCCAUGCUCGGUACUCCACAACUUGUAAAAAAUUUCCAGCACAAAUCGACGGAAGGCAUGAGCAUCAGUAUGGUGAUAAUGUGGACGUGCGGCGACAUAUUUAAAACUUUGUAUUUUUUAUUUCGCGAGGCGCCGUUGCAGUUUUGGGUUUGCGGAUCGAUACAGGUUGCGGUCGACGUUUUAAUUUUGAUACAGGUUUACGUGUACAAACAACAUGAUGAACCUCAAAGGAUGCGACCUCACCGGGGGGAUUGAGUAGCCAUGGUGUGGACUCACGAUGAUACACAAAAUAACUUAAGUAUGAUACAGGCAAACCAAGUAGAUAAAUAUUGCAGAUACCCCCAUAAAAUGCAUCAUUUCAAUCCGACGACUUCCAAAACUACUUGUGAUGUUAGUAAAAGUUACGUAAUCAAUACGAUCUCGAGUACAGGACCAACUGGUGAAGUUAAUAGCGUUCAUUGGAGGAGUGCGGAAGCUAGUAACAAUCUUUUACACAAUCAAGAAACUAAAAAGACAAAUGUUCAUUUAAUACAAGCGGAGAUUCACAACGAAAAAUCUAAUUCCGCCGUUCCCUUUUUUAACUGUCAGUAUAAAAUACAAUGUAGUGAUCCAGUUGUUGAAGAUAAAAAUGUGAUUAUAGCCAAUGAGGUAUUAAAGAAAAAUGUUAAUUUUAGUAACUUUGAGAAAGGUUGUAAGUAUAAUUUUAAUUAUAACAGACACGGAAAAAAUAAAGUUAAUAUGCUUGUACAUAGGCACACGUUAUGACGUAAACUGUGACUGUUAACAAAAGUUUUUAUUGAUAAACGUUUAGAAAUAAUUGCAAAAUAGUUAUUUGUUAAAUAUUUUCUUAUAUCCUAACACUGUCGGUUAAUUUUAAGUCUUUUUAAUAUUUUUAUAAUCAUAUUGACGAUGAUUGUUUUCCAACACCCUCUAUUUUCACUGCAAAACAAACUUCAAUUUUUGCAAUUCCAAGGGUACAAUUAGUACAAAUAACACGUUUAGUUAAUUGUCAAUUAAAUCACUGUUUGCUGUUGUAGAACAGGGUUUGGGAACAGUUGAAAUAUAUCAGCUUGAAAGUUUUAAUGUCGAUUUACAAUAGGCGCUUUUUAGUUAGAUAUUGUGUAAAUUGGAAUCUGCUAAUAUGCUUUCUUUUGAAGGUGUUCCACCUUUACUCUGAACAUACCACGUAACUAACUCACUUUGCAAUACCCGACUAUUGAUAAGAAAAUGUGAUUUUUGUAUAAUUUUAGACCGAAAAACAUGUUUAUCUUUUGGUACCUGCUGUUUAGAAUAAGUUAUUGAAUGGCAUUUUUUUUAUUACAACGCGACUGAAGGUUUUCUUCUCGUUAAGAAUAUUUUGUAUUUAUUCCGAUAAUAUUUUUGUAGUCGAAGUAUAACUGAAAGCUGUAAUAUUUAUGAAUAGUCUGAUUUUUCUCUGUAGUAUAAGUGGGUACCGUUCGCUAUUUAUUGAACUAUUUGAUAGUUAAUCUUGUUACUCCUACUGUUUAUUUAUAUCGUUGACUUAGUCAAUUCCUUGUAAAAAAUAUUUUUUAUAAAAAAUAAAACAAUUGAUGCCUUAAAAUUAAA